AUGAUUCGCCCUCGUAUAACGAUUGCUCGAUUAUGGACCUCUACUCCAGCAGUACGAGAAUAUUCUCAACCUCGGCAAUCCGGAGAUCAGGCUUCAACAUCGCGUAACGAUAACAAAGGCGUUGUGAAGCAUAUCGGUCAGAACAAAGCUACAAUUCAGCUUCCCAAAACUGCAUUGGAUCAAUCAGACGAUAGAAAUCUUGAUGUUCACUAUAUCCAACUGCGUGAUGCAUGUCAAUGUCCUCGCUGUGUUGAUCCUCAGACAAAACAACGGUCUUUCCGGACAGGUGAUAUUCCUCGGGAUAUAGCUCCUCGUGAAAUAAGAUGGGUUAAGAAAUCAGAGGUCUUGGAAAUAUCCUGGAAUAAGGAUAUCGCAGGCUACGACGACAAGACACAUGUGACAAGGCUUACUGCAGACGAAAUCAAAUACCCAUCGGCAUACUUCCACCAUAAGUCUGUGGGUACUGGCAAAGGUCAAAUAUUCUGGGAUCGAAAGGAAAUGGAAAGAGAUCAACCUUGGGUCGAUUACAAUGACUGGAUGACAAAUGACGACUUAUUCCGGGACGCUCUUAACAAAUUAUCCCUGUACGGAUUGCUCUUCGUGAAUGACAUCCCUGACUCACGCGAAAUGGUAGCAAAAAUAGCCACACGAAUGGGUCCACUGCGCAACACCUUCUACGGUUCAACAUGGGAUGUACGAAACGAUCCAAAGGCAAAGAAUGUGGCUUAUACCAACCUCAACCUCGGCUUUCAUAUGGACUUGCUCUAUGUGCAUAACCCUCCUGGAUUUCAACUACUGCACUGUCUCAAGAACUCAUGCAAGGGUGGAGAAUCUCUCUUUGUUGAUGCUUUCGGCGCGGCGAGGAAUCUUGAUCGAAAGUCAUGGGAUACGUUGGCAUCGCAUAAGGUUCCGUAUCAUUAUGAUCAUAAGGAGAAUUAUUACCGCACUACGCGUCCUGUUCUUGAACUGCCAGAGGAUAGCACCUGUCGAGAUGAUAGGACGUUGAGUCAUAUCAACUACUCCCCUCCUUUCCAGGGACCAUACCAUAUCAGCCCGACAGAAUCUCCUGAGUGGCCUCGAAAGAUGAAAGAAUACCUCUCCGCCAUUCAAGAGUUUGAGAAGAGAAUUGAAGACCCUGCUCGGAUCUUUGAGUUGAAGUUAGAGCCAGGCCAAUGCGUUAUAUUCGAGAAUCGCCGGGUGCUGCAUGCACGUCGCGCGUUUGAUACGACUACCGGCGAAAGAUGGUUGGCUGGAGCAUAUGUUGAUGAAGACGCUGUGCAUAGCAAGAUGUUUACUUUGAGACGGAAUAGUGGGGAGUUCAGCACCUCCGUGUAAAUGCUGUAUAUGAAUAUGAAACGCCCUCCUAGGUUCCAUGGGAUCAAUCGGCGGGUUGAAAGGAUAUAGCAAUUAGCUGUCAAUAGAAUCUGAGAUUUUAGG